AUGUGGAUAAUAAAGAGCAGUUUCUCAUUCAUGGUGGGAACAGUGUGCGGAAUAUACAUAGCUCAGAACUACAAUGUACCCAACAUUUGCAAGCUUGCCAACACUGCCAUUUUCAUGGCCAAACACAUCGAAGAGAAGUAUUGCAAGCCCAAGAAAGGCGAUGAUUUACACUUUGUUGGUUUACAGGGAUUUGCUGCUGAAAUUAUCGUUAAAACAGUGUUCCAGAGUGGUCUCCAUUUUAUGCUUUCACUACCAGAGACCACUAGUGAAAGCAUUACUGAAACAUGA